AUGACUCAGUUUUCGAUGUUUAACCUGGUGCAAGUGCAAAUUAAUUUCGUCGACUCCGGGAAAUGUUUCGAAUGGAAAUUAAUCGAUAAAUCGUCGCUUACAAGUUGUUGUUUCGACUUGAAAGCGAUAGCAUCACAUCACAAAUUGUUAUCAUCACAUACACAGAGAGAUCAAAAUGGCAGCCCGAUUUGCGUUUUUCAUCGUUUGCAUCUUCGCUGUUUUAUACAUGAUUCAAGCAGAGGAGCCGAAGAAACCGGAGAAAACUGCAAGUGAGACUAUCGAUGAAACAUGGGGUAAAAUUACUAGCACUUUCAAUGAAAUUGUUGAAAAUGCUAAAAACAAUGAGUUCAUUGCUAAUGCUACAAAGGCCAUCACAGAUUUUGGACAUCAAGUCCAAGCAAAGGGCAAAGAAGUUUUGGAUAAAUUGAACACACCUUCCAAGCAAUAA